GUCACCUCAGUCUGCAGGAGCAUUACGCACUAACAAGGAGUGAACUCUACAGGCUUGAAUUUAGAUCAUUCUGAGAUUAGGAGAUGACUGACUACAGAGUUUUUCUGUCAUUAAUAGGUCUUCACCUGCUGCAAAGUGUUUGCAGCACAACUCCAGCAUGUGGCCCAGGACAACUGCAGUGUACAACAGCAGGUAACCUACCAGUCACAGCUUCUUCAUUUGAGACACCUCGAGUGGAAAGAGUACAAACAGAAAAAUGUGGAACAGAACUGGACACAUUUUGCUUUCAUGGAGAGUGCAUGUUUCUUCUGGAACUAAAUAUACACACUUGUAGGUGUGAUACCGGCUUUACCGGUGAAAGAUGUGCUCAUUCAGAGCUUGUCUUCCAGCCAAUGAGUAAAGGAUAUAUUCUUUUGACUGUCACGUGUACAGUUUUAUUUUUGACAGCUCUGGCGAUUGCAUUUUACUUCUUCUACAAAUGGUCUAAAAAGAAUAAAUGCACUUCAACAGAGAAAAAGUAUCAAGAAAUUCAACUUGCAUGAAGUAUUGUAUUUAUAUCUAACAUAUAAUGGAAACACAACCAGUUUUGUAUGAAUCAAUCCUAAAAAGUGUCUUCUGUGAUUGUUAAUGCUCAACAAAUGCCAUCUGAAACCCUGGAACAUUCAACUUACAUUUCUGGCCUACUUAUUGACUGUAUAACAAAGUUUUUUGUUUUUUUUACAAAAGUCAGCUGUUUCUGUUGCUGCUGCUUCAUUGUGCAACACAUGGUUUUAUUAUAUUUACUCAAAUUUAUGAAGCUAAUAAGUACUUAUUAUCUCAUAAACAUGGGUUAAAUAAUUGUUUAACUUUUUGUACAUUACUGAUAUUUAUUGUUUCAGUUGUACUGCUGUCAUAGUUACCAUUCCACUCAUAUAACCUAAUAUAGGCAUU